AUGCCGCUCCAUGUAACCUGCCAUGUGGCAUCGGAUGGCACAAAGCUCGAGUCCACAGGGCCCAGGCAUCAUCCAGCUGUCGUCAGUUCAUUUCCUGGCGUAUUUGGAGGAGCCGAUCCCAGUCAGGUAAUUAUGUUAUGGUCGGUCGUGAAAGAAGGUCAAAUGAAGCAAACAUCUCAGGAUCCCGACUCUUUGGAGGACGUCGAGAGUUCGCUGAUGGAGUGCGAUCCUCAGGAGAAACUCGAGUUCUCUGAAGAGAAACAUUUUAAGGAACAAGAACAAUGCAAUAUCCCUUGGGCAGCAUUGGUAACUCGUCCGCCACAACAUACCCUUGUAGUUGAGCGAAUGCAUUCGGGCGCUCGUCGCUACAUUGUGCUAGACUUUGGACAUGCUGUUCGUCUCACAGAUGUGGUAUGUACCAUGCUGUAUAUAAAUAUUUUAAUUUAA